UAUAUUUGUGGUGAUUUCUGACCUCUGAGAGGCAUCCUUUAGAAACUUAUAAUUAGUUCAUAUCUUAAAAUUCUCUGGGGUUAAACUGGAAUAUUAUGUUUCCAGGUGGUAGUGUGUAUUGUCAGGUAGGACAUGCGGAGGUGGUUUUGUAAACUCGUAUUUAGCUGUGUGUGAUGCCCUGCUAGCCGUAUGGAUCCUCAGCAGCCUGUUUUUAGCCUGAUGAAGAGGUUCUGUCCUUGUCUGAGCCUGCUACCACUACCAAGUCAGGACUGGAGCAAGAGCGAUGAAAGACUCCUGCAGGCUGUGGAGCAAAAUGAACCCGACAAAGUCUCGGCCCUCAUAGUCAAAAAAGGUCUCUGUCCCACCAAAUUGGAUGCUGAGGGCAAGUCAGCCUUUCAUCUCUCUGUAUCCAGAGGUCGGCUAGACUGCCUGGAGGUAAUCAUAUCCCACGGAGCAGACAUCAGUGUCACUGAUGGGGCAGGCCUCAACGCCCUUCACCUUGCAGCCAAAAACGGCCAGCCAGAGUGUUUAAAGAGGCUGCUGCAGGAGAGGCUGGCUGUAGAUUGCACUGACAGCAUUGGUAGGACAGCACUUCAUCAUGCAGCCAUCAGUGGCUGCUUGUCCUGUACUGAGAUCCUGUGGGACUUUAAAGCCAAUCUGGAUGUCCAGGACAGUGAAGGGGCCACACCGCUGACCUUAGCAGCACAGACGAGUAGAGUGGAGCUGUGUGUUUUCCUGUUGAGUCGAGGUGCCAAUGCAAACAUACAAGACAACCAAGGAAGGUCUUCACUGAUGCUAGCCUGUGAGAGCAACAGCGUUGAGACUGUACAAGCUCUACUAAGAGGUGGGGCCAACACACAGCUGGUUGACUCUCUUGGCCAUAAAGCUGUGGACUACAGCACAACCACAGGCAACCAGCGCAUCAUUCGGAUGUUGCAAGAUGGAUUACCUCCAGCUUCUGAGGGCACAGGCAAGGAGUCCCCUCAAAUCCCCUCAGGCGCUUCAUCAGUGCAAGGGGGGACUAGCCCCCGCAAGCGGAAAGCCCCUCCACCGCCCCACUCGCCUCUCCAGAUCCAGGGUUUGCCGCCCUCUCCACAGCCUCAGAAUUCAGCUCUUCCUGCUCCGUCCCCUGAGCCCCAGAAGUCCCAGCCUCCCUCUCCCCUACCUUCAGAAACCCAACAAUCAGCCCAGGCAGAAGAUGAGGAGGUUUUUGAAGAGAUCCGGCGGCUGCGUUUAGAGAGAGGCCGUCUGCUUCAGAAGAUCAAAGCCUUGGAGCAGCAACAACAGAGCGCCCUCUCUGCCUUGGAGGAGUUGUCCCAGCUAAAGCAACGUCUUGAAGAGGCAGAGGCAGAGAGGGAUAAGUUGCUUGAGGAGCUGAAGGGGGGCCAUGGAAUAGGAGCCAGUGACUCUGAGGAUAUGGAUGAAAUGCUGGAAUUCCCAGAAAAGCUGCUCUCCAAGCGCUCCAGAGCCUCUUCUGCUCAGGAUGAGGCCACUUUUCAAACAGACACUGACUCAGCCAACCCCUCUCCUGCCCCUGCAGACCAGAGAAGAGUUGCUGAACUGUGCAAACAAAUAGAAGAACUCACAUCACAGAACUCUGAACUUGUUCUUAAAGUACAAAUGCUGGAGAUGUUUGAGAAGGAUGACACAGACAUGCAGGCUACCAGCCUGGACUCUGUCCCCAUGGCACAGUAUGAAACCCUUAGAAAGGAGUUUGAAACCCUUCAGGAGCGCCUCUCUCAGGCCCAAGCUUCAGAAGAAGCCUCCAGUGUAACUGAGGAGCAGGGGGACAAGAAAUCUGAAGAAGUUGCAGAUGCCGACAGUACAGAAGCUCUAAAGGAGAAGCUACGAGGCCUGGAGGAGGAGUUGGCAUCCUCUCAGUCUGAGCUGGAGGAGCUGAAAGAGCAGAUGCGCCUUGGGGUGCUUUCUGUGGAGUGUGCUGAAGGGGAUAUUGCCGCAGCGGUUGCUGGGGCUGCAGAAGAGGGUCCGAGCCAGGAGGCGCAACAGCUGAGAGCCAGGGUGACGGAGUUAGAGGAGGAGCUUGCUAAGAAACAGGGUGAGGCAGAGGGUCAGAGCAGCCAGGACAGUGACACAAUCAAACAGCUGACAGAGAAAGUAAAGGAACUCCAGGCUGCUCUAGCCCAAAACGACUCUGUGCGGGACGACAAAGAGAAAGAAGACAAAGAAGGAGAAACAGAAACAGUGAAGUCUCUUCGUGACAGAGUUGCCGAGCUGGAGAUAGCCCUGGCAGAGAGCAGGACAUCAGGGAAAGAUGGAGGAGCAGCAGGGGAUGGAGAACAGGUCCGCCGCCUUCAGGAGCGUUUGGGUGAGCUGGAAGGAGAACUGAGAAAGUGUGUACCUCGCUCUGAGCUGGAGGAGGUCCAGGUGACUCUUGGGCUCCAGUGUGAGCAGCUGGCCAGGGAGAGGGCAGAUGUGGCAAGAAGGCUUAACGAUGCACUCCUGGAGCUGGAGAGACUCAGACCUCCUCCAUGUGGAGAUGAUGACGAGGAGGAAGAAGAGCAUUCAGAGAGCUCAGAGCCUUCAGUCAUGUUAGACUCCUCCAGACGUACAUUGGCAGCAGUUAGAGAGGAACUGGAGGUGGCCAGGCAGGAAGCGGCCCAGGCUCUGGAUUGCCUGUGUGCCGAACGGGAGGGCCGGGCACAGGAUGCCCUGCAGCUGAAAGACGCUGUGCCACUUUCAAAACAUAAAGAGGCGCUAUCUGCAGUAUCAGAGCAGCUAGCUCAGACAUUGCAGGAACUCCAGGAGGAAAAAACCCUGCGGGCCCAAGUUGAAGAGCAGGCUUGCCACACUAGAGGCCAAACUGCAGGCCAUGCAGGACAGCCAAUUCCCAAAGAGGAGCAUGAGAAAGUCAAGGCAGAGCUCCAGCACGCCCUGCAGGCCAGUGAGAGCAGUGCAGCUGCAGCUCAGGACGCUCUGACUGAGAAGGAAAUGGAGCUGAGAGAGCUCAAGUCCCAGAAGGCUGCAGAACAAGGUCCUUCUUCAAAGGAGGACCAUGAAGGCCUUCGGCUCUCUUUGCAGGCAGAGAUAAAUGCCAUCACAGCUCUUCAAACGAUCUCACUCGGAAAACAUGAGAAGACAUGCACUGAGGUGUUCCAGGUGCAGAGGGAGGCACUCUUCAACAAGAGUGAGCGCCAGGUGGCAGAGUCCCAGCUGGCCACAGUGCAGCAGCAGCUGUAUGACCUACAAUCCCAGUCCAGUCACAUCCAGGAGCUUCACAAAGACAUCCAGGAGUCCCAGGGCCUGGUGAAAAGAAAAAGGACCAUAACAGAACUUUCCAAGGAAGUUUUCCGGCUAAAAAGAGGCCUGGGAGCUCUCUCACCUCCACUUGGUAUCACAUCCUCCUCCUCUUCCUCAUCCACCCAGCAUGGUAACCCUGGACAACAAAUGGCACUGCAGAACAGGAUUUCCAUACUCACCCAACAGCUUCAGGAUUGGGAGAGAAAACACAGACAGGUAGUAGCUGUGUACCGCUCCCAUUUACUGGCAGCUGUACAGGGUCACAUGGAUGAAGAGGUGCAGGCCUUGCUUCUUCAGAUUCUGAGGAUGACACAGCAAGGACACUGAAGUCUCUGGAUGCAGCAUGUCCUGCAGCUCCAGCACUGUAGGAUCAUGAAGACUUUGUUUACUAAGCCAAACACAACAGAUCUGUGGUCUGACAUCGCUGCAUGCAUUAAUGAAAUUAACUUUAACAACAGUCCUAUUGUUUGACUGCUAACCAAACAGAGAGAGAAUUACAUGUGGAGUGCCUUUAUUGCCUGUUAGGAGUUUAUGAUAGGAGGUGAAUGUAAAUUUACAGAGUGGUUAUUUUGAUGAUAGAAUCCUGCAAUGACUGUGUGACAAAC